UCCCGGACUUGCUCUUCAUCUUCGAGUUUGUCUUCGGGGGCCUGGUAUGGAUCCUGAUCGCCUCGUCCCUGGUGCCCCUGCCCUUGGUCCAGGGCUGGGUGAUGUUCGUGUCUGUGUUCUGCUUCGUGGCCACCACGACCCUGCUCAGCCUGUACAUAAUUGGCGCCCAUGGUGGGGAGACUUCCUGGGUCACCCUGGAUGCAGCCUACCACUGCACUGCUGCCCUGUUUUACCUCAGUGCCUCAGUCCUGGAAGCCCUGGCCACCAUCACGCUACAAGACGGCUUCAUCUACAAGCACUACCACGAAAACAUCGCUGCCGUGGUAUUUUCCUACGUAGCCACUCUGCUCUACGUGGUCCACGCUGUGUUUUCUUUAAUCAGAUGGAAAUCUUCGUAAAGCAAUAGAACUACUGCUGAAAACCCAGAUGGUGUUAACUGAUUAGCCCACCUUCCGGCAUAAGUUUUUAGAAUGCAGAAAUGCUGUCAGUGAUGGAAAAAAGAAAACAAACCAGAAAAAGAAAAAAACCCACAAAAUCCACGCUCUGUCCCUUGCGGGUGUCGUGUUUACUCUCCCAUGUUCCUUCAUGUCCCAGGUUCGGGGCUUGCUAUGUUUAACCUCCAACUACUGUGCUGUCUUUCCUGUUUGUAAAAGGGCACCUUCUAGUUUGGGGGUGGGAAGUGGGAACUGUGAUCUGAAAAAGAAACAAAGAUCCCCUGCUGAGCCCUGAACCGGAUCUUGAGAACUGCCUCUUGGAAUUUUCUACAGGCUCUUUUGGGCACCCCAUCCUGUGGCGUGUUUCUCAGUCUUCAUGGAUAUUCUGCAUGUCAUGAUGAACUCACCUAACAGAUAUUUUCAGAUGUCCAUGGUGGAAGAUGAUAACCCUUUGAAAUAUCUUAUAAAGUAUCUUUAUGUUCAAUA